AUGAAUAGACCGAUCCAGGUGAAACCAGCGGACAGCGAAAGCCGAGGAGGUAGCACCUGUUUAAAGCAGCCUCCACCAGACAGAAAACUCUUUGUGGGCAUGCUCAAUAAGCAGCAGUCGGAAGACGACGUGCGCAGGCUAUUCGAGGCAUUUGGCAACAUUGAGGAGUGCACAAUCCUUCGUGGACCCGAUGGUAACAGCAAAGGGUGUGCAUUUGUGAAAUACUCUUCACAUGCGGAGGCUCAAGCAGCCAUCAAUGCCUUGCAUGGCAGCCAGACAAUGCCGGGAGCUUCUUCAAGCCUGGUGGUGAAGUUUGCAGAUACGGACAAGGAGCGUACAAUGAGACGGAUGCAGCAAAUGGCGGGACAAAUGGGCAUGUUCAACCCCAUGGCCAUCCAGUUUGGAGCGUAUGGCGCCUAUGCACAGGCACUGAUGCAGCAGCAAGCCGCGAUCAUGGCGUCGGUGGCGCAGGGUGGCUACCUGAACCCCAUGGCAGCCUUUGCCGUGGCCCAGAUGCAGCAGAUGGCGGCUCUGAACAUGAACGGCCUGGCGGCCGCUCCCAUGACACCAACCUCAGGUGGAAGCACGCCUCCUGGCAUAACUGCACCAGCUGUGCCUAGCAUCCCAUCUCCAAUCGGGGUGAAUGGUUUCACUGGCCUCCCACCGCAGGCUAAUGGGCAGCCCGCCGCUGAAGCUGUGUUUGCUAAUGGCAUCCACCCUUACCCAGCACAGAGCCCCACUGCAGCAGAUCCCUUGCAGCAAGCCUACGCUGGAGUGCAGCAGUACGCAGGUCCUGCUUAUCCUGCUGCUUAUGGCCAGAUUAGUCAAGCGUUCCCACAGCCACCUCCCAUGAUCCCACAGCAACAGAGAGAAGGACCAGAGGGCUGUAACCUGUUUAUCUACCAUCUGCCCCAGGAGUUUGGGGAUGCUGAGCUGAUGCAGAUGUUCCUGCCUUUCGGUUUUGUGAGUUUUGACAAUCCUGCCAGUGCCCAAGCUGCUAUCCAGGCUAUGAAUGGCUUUCAAAUUGGCAUGAAGAGGCUGAAGGUGCAGCUGAAGAGGCCAAAGGAUGCUAACCGUCCCUACUGA